AUGACUUCCACCACUUCGAGCAAUACGGCUACAACCCCGGUUGAAUCCUCCCGAGUCACCACCCAGCACCGCAGCGGUGAUCCCGACCUCGCUUUCCAGACAGACGACCAGAUCUAUCCGCCCAAGUUUGGAGACAAAUAUGAGGAAAGAGCUUACUUGAAACACCGAUUGACGCUGGCUUUCCGUAUCUUUGCCAAUUAUGGGUUCUCCGAGGGCUUGGCGGGACACAUCACUGUUCGAGAUCCUGUAGAUCCGGAAAGCUUUUGGGUGAACCCUUUCGGACUGCAUUUCUCUUUGAUCAGAGAUGAAGACCUUAUUCGAGUAGACCACACCGGUAAGGUUGUGGAUGGGGGCAGAAACCGGAGACUGAACUAUGGUACCACUUACGGCCGCGCAUUUUGCGCAACAGACCAUGUGCUAUACACAAAUUUCGCGGGCCUGGUAUUUGCUACCGAGGAAGGCAAGGCUAUAGCCGCAUGUCUGGGAGACAGAAAGGCUGCCUUGCUCGGCAAUCACGGACUUUUGACCGCCGGCCCAUCGAUCGAGGCCGCGGUAGCUUGGUUCGUUCUGCUGGAAAAGCUGUGCGAGAUUCAGCUCGCCGCCGAUGCGAGUGCAGCAGGAAGUGGGAAGCCCCUGGUGAAAAUUGGACACGAGGAGGCUCUCUCUACACAUCACGCUAUUGGAAGACCAGAAGGGGGUUAUUUUACCGGAUUGACGCUAUUUCAAGUAGUUGAAAAAGAGUUUGGAGAGAUGACGUUUUUGGGCCGGGGGGUAGAGUCUCUGUGA